CCUUUUAUAACGGAGAUGGAAUUACCCUUAGCGCCCGGCAAUGCCCAAGGAAAAACUUAAAUCGGACCAUUUUUGGUUUAACCACAGUAGGAUUUGAACCUAUUUGUGUUGCGGCCUGUAGGCCCAGAUAGCUCUGAAAGUGUCUUAAAUUCACAAGAACGCAAACCUCGCGAAUCUAUUGUAAGGAUGGAUCCGGAUUGUGCAAUAUGUCAUGCACGAACAUCAAGAAACCGCUACGAAGAAUUCUAGUGAACAAGGAAGUCCGAGGGAGGUGGUAGAUGGUCACAUGCCGCCAAUAAAGGAGCAAGUCAACGCUAGUUGGAGGUCGGCCGUCCAAUCGUUUCCUGAGAUACUCGAGUACUUUUAUAGCCUUGUCGAAGUGACGCUUCCCAGUGACGAUGAUCCCGCUGUAAAUGAUCCGCCGCUUAGCGCGCUAUCGGGUUCAAGAAAGCCUUCUCGACGAACACAUCUGCAGCCUCAAAUCGGUUCGGAUGCACUUGAAUUCAGUAAAGCGGAAACCUCGAAGCAGGGGGAAGCUAAGAAACCCGAGCAGGAAGCGAUGGCUUACCCGCUCUACGAGAGGUUCACGAGAAAGGCGUACUUAUAGGUUAUAUAGGUAAUAUAGAAUGCCAUCCAACGACCCAGGAGCGUUCUCGGAUCAUCGUCGGCGUCAACCAGAAUAAGGAACAAUAGAUGGCAAGACUAAGUCUCAAUAUGCCUAUAAACACUCUGGCCAGAAAGGCGCGAUAAUCAAAAAAGAAAAAAAGAAAAAUAGUUAGAUUACAAGAUACAGGCAUUGGAAAUACCAAUCCUCCUUGGGAUAUGUAUAGGCGUAGUAUUGCUGAUGUCCCCAACCGAUAUCAUGGGACGCGUCGUGACGUGAAUGGAGGGGUUUGGCUGGCUGGUUGCUCUUCUGGUUGAUGGGUAGGUGAUUUCUUGGGUAAUUAAGUAUCAAAGGUAUCAGGAAUACCGGUUCUCAAGGUUAGUAAGGUAAUUACCUAACCUAUGACUUAUGGGGGGUCUGUAUAAGGGAGCUGAGGGAGGAAGUCAACAAAAUAUAAAACUGCUUUCAAACUAACAAGGUAUGAGGUAUGAUACCUAGAAGCAUUACAU